AGCCAGACAGCACCGUAACAUGAAGUUAUGGAGGAGCGAAAGCUAAAGAGAAAGAGUCCCAGGACCUCCACCAACUCGGCGGCUCCGACCGGGGGCUCUGGCCGGAAGAGCAGUGCUUCUGCCGGGGGGCGGCACGUCGGAUACAGCUACAACAUGGGGACUCACUCCAGUCAAAAGAGUAAGAACAGGAGGGGAGUCAGGGAUAAACCCAGGUAUCAGGUGGGUUUGGGUGGUAAAGCUAAUCAGAACCAGGGCCAGGCAGCACCGAUCAUCCAGCACUCCUUUCUGACCGAUGUUUCAGAUGUACAGGAGAUGGAGAAUGGCCUGCUCAGUCUCCUCAACGACUUCCACUCAGGGAAACUACAAGCAUUUGGCAAUGAGUGCUCCAUUGGCCAGAUGGAGCAUGUGAGGGAGAUGCAGGAGAAGCUGGCCCGUCUGCACUUUGACCUCUAUGGUGAGGUGGACGAAAUGCCUGAGGACCAGAGGAAAAUGGCCUGUGACACCAACAUGGACAAGUUACUACUUAAUCUUGAGGAGCUGAGUUCUUCGAUUCAGAAACUGAAUCUAGCUGACACCCAAGAGAUCCCGAGGACUGCCAGCAUGUGAUUUUUCCUUCUCUUUUUUUUUUUUAAUUCAACCUCAUCUGACCCGACAAUUUGCCACCUAGGGAUGCUUCAACAGAUAAGGUGGAGUUGAAGCAAGCUUGAGUAUUAUGCCAGAAAUGGCAACAAAGCCGUUCAUCAGUGUUCCCUUUCUGCACAGGGGGGUGGAUGUAUUGUAAAAUGCCCUAAUAAGGAUGCCCCAACAGCCUUACUUUUCAUUGUUCACAGUAUACCAACAGUGAGUGCUAAAUACAGUGGCUAACAUCAAGUAGAAAAUAGCUGUAAUCUUAUUUUACUAAACAGUAAGAUGAAAUACUGAGCUACGAUUGAAUUUCAACACAUCCUCUAAUAAAUCAGAUACAGUAUCUUUUGUCUCGUAGUCAGAGUUAUAUAGAGAGAGAGGUACAGUAUAUUUUACAUAUUGGCACUGGUGCAUCCCUAUCAUGGCCUGUUUUAAAGUCAAGUUGUAGUCAGUUCACUCAUUUCAAAACAGUCUAGAUUUGCAAUACAUUGCUAAUCACAGUGAUAUUGACGUAUAGAACUCACCUGGUUUUGUCCAGCAAACGAUGAAAGAAUAUCCUCAGUGUUUGUUCAUCAGCUUUGUUGAAAGUGAACUGACUGCAAACUUGCUCCUUUAGGAAUUUUCUGGAUUUAUUUAAACUCAUUCUGUUGCACUUUGUCGUAUCUAUCUAGCUGAAUCAGUGCCACAAACUACAUCCAGAGCUAGACAUUUCAACAUAUAGAUAGAGAAAUAUGUUUAGAAUUGUUUCUCAACAUUGAGCUUUAAACACAAGCUUAGACCUUAUCUGUGAGACGAUAAAACCUAGAAAGUAUUUCCUGAUUUGAUUAAAUUAUAGUUAGAUUCAGUAAAUCAGCCAAAAAUAACAUUAAAACAUACAGUAGAUUAUGACCAUAGAAACUGCACUGUAUGUUAUGAGUGGAGAAAAAAAAAAUCAGCGACUCCAGUUUGUAGUUUUUGCAUAAAUUUUCUUGCUACGUGUAAGUGGCCUGAUAUCACCUCCAACACAUUGUUCAGUGUUGAAUAGAUUUGCACAUAUCCAUGCAGCAUGCAGAACACACUCCCGAUCACUGGUGUGUUGCUUUGAUGCUGGAAAAGACCGAAUAAUCCAAAUGUUGACAUCACAACCAUGCCUUAAUUUUUUCAUUUCAUCCUUUUUGCCUUAUCGUUUCUAACCUUUCCAAUGACUUUCAUAGCACACGUUGAUUUUAGGUUUGGAUUCUGUGUUUAAUAUAUAAUCAUUUGAUGCUGCUUUGAUUGUAAAUUCUACUUUAUUGUCUCCCUUUUUAUUUUAUUUUAACCAGUGUUGCUGGGGGGAUGUGGGAUUAUUUUGAAGUGUUUUACUGUUUUAAGUUUUGGUGAUUUUAUUUUUAUUGACUUAUUAAUAAAUAUGUUG